UGUGCUCGCGCUGGCGCGUGCGGGAGUGUGCGAGAGUGUGACGCGCGCGAUAAUCCAACGACGGAUACCACGACGGUGCUCUCGUCCUGUGUUAGUCGUGCCGCGACGAUGGAAUACGGGCCAGAAAUAACGUGAUUAUCCGCGCGGCCCCGUGGGCGAUCGCAGUCGCGUUUUAUACCGUUACACAUUAUUUAUCAUUUAUUAUUUUCCGCGUUGUAUUAUUUUCGUUUCGUUAUAACAAGUCUGCCGGCACUCCCGCUGCAAUAGCGCCCCCCCGCGUGUGUGCGCGCCGUAUUUUCCACGGCCUCCUCGUCCUCGUCGUCAUCGUCGUCGUCGUCGGCGGCGGAUCGCUACACCGCCGCGCACCAGAGACCAUCGGCUGCGGCACCGCGCGACACGCGUCGCCGUAGUGUUAAUCUGCACGAGCGUCGGCCGCUGUGCCGAUCGCACGCGGCGGCGGUGGUCGUGGCGUUGUAUCGCGCUCGCAGCUGAUCGUAUAAUAUUAUUAUUAUAUCGUCACCAUAAUAAUAUCAUCGCGUGGCAUAAUAAUUCACGUAAUAUAAUAUAGCGCGCAGCAUCGCGUACAUCGCGCCGCCCAGUGCAGGUGGCCGUGGUGGUGGUGGCGGCGGCGACAUUUUUUUUCGCGCCUCGUCCGCUCGCUCGUCGUACGUACCGCGCCGCCGAACAAUGUAGUAACGCAUCAAUCACUUCGAACACGCUAACCUCCGACAACCGGCGCCGUUUGAUUGCGGUAUCGUCGUCGUCGUCGUCGUCGUCUUCGUCUUCGUCGUCCCGUGUGUCGGGACGUGUGCGUGUGUGUGCGUGCGCGGUGCGGUCGUAGUGACGUGUUUGCCGACCGGGUUUCGGCACAUAUAGGAAAUCUGGCUGGGACGGAAGCGGCCGGGUGCCGGUGCGGGUGGCGGUGGGGAAGGCGGCGGCGGCGGCAGUGCUGUUCGCGCAAUGGCGGACUGCCGAGGGCACGUAUUCACCAAGAAAACCUUCCACCUACCGGCCUACUGUCACAAUUGCACCAAUUUAUUGUGGGGCGUCGUGACGCAGGGCAAUUUCUGCACAGUAUGUAAUUAUAUAGCUCACGAAAGUUGCCUAAAAAAACCCGGCAUUUCACCUUGCCAUAGUCUAGCAGCUAGUUUAAUUAAGAAUCCAGUAUCACAUUGUUGGUCCGAACCAGUAAGAAUUAGAAACCAAAGAUGUUGUAACGUUUGUCGAAAAAGAAUUGAUGGUCGUACAUUUAGCGUUACAUGUGAAAUUUGUCAUUACUAUACCCAUGUCGAUUGUAUACCAUCGGCAGUGGCCGAUUGCAAAGAAACAGCUACUUAUCAUCCGGGGAAGUUGUUGGAUUCCGUGCAUCAUGAACACCAUUGGAGAGAAGGAAAUCUUAGACCUGGUGCAGUGUGCUACGCUUGUGCCAAACCAUGCUGGACUACCGAUUGUCUGGCAGGAUUCCGAUGUGAAUGGUGUGGUAUAACGGCUCAUGCAACAUGUCGUAGUCAAAUACCUUACGAAUGUGAUUUCGGUAUACUGGGUCCAAUAUAUUUACCACCACACGCAGUUAGCAUUCCACGAACUGAAGUGCCAAUGGAGUCAAUUAUUGGUGUACAAGUGCGAAGAAAAGAAAAAGCUACGCCUCGAAGUAUUUCAAUCGAAUUUAAUAGUGGUGAAAGUAAAACUAAAGACAUUGAAGAGGAGGAAAUGUAUGAACUUGAAAAAUCUAAAGAAGAUAAAAAUGAAGAAUUUGUUAAAGUAUAUGACGGUGACGCAUCAUAUCUUAAACAUAGAAGUUUUACGGUGAAAGUUCCAAAAGCAGUAAAAACCGAGACGCUCAUUUCUACAAUACUUCAAUCAUUAAACAUCUCUCAAUCUGCAGAAAACUUUUAUUUGACUGACGCGUAUGGCUUAAACGAACCAAUACUGGAGGACCCUAAUCCAAUAAAUAACGUUACUAGAUUAGGAGGCAAGAAGCCUGCUGUUUUUCUACGUCUAAAACAAGACAGUCACGGUGGUUUGGUAAGAGUUUAUCCUGGUCGCUUACAGACUGAUAUACCAUUUUGCGUAGUUUCUGUCGAUCGACAAACUACGGCCAAAGAUCUGAUCGUUGAAUCUUUGGCUCGUUUCGGCUUUACUUCACACAAUUCAACAGACUAUAGACUCAGUCAGCUUUUAUUGGAACAUGGAGUGACGGAACGAGUACUAGAUUUUGAUGAAAAACCAUUAGAUAUAAUAAAAAAUAUUGGGCAAGAAUCUCUUCGACAAAUGGAAUUAAUGCGGUUCUAUUUGCAACUAAAGCAAGACCCGCAUGGACCUAAUAUUGCUUUAUUUGUUGGAAAUUUACCGACAAAUUUAUCUCAGCGAACAUACGAAAAUAUUUUGAUGACAUUUUUAGGAGGAGAUUGUAGAUUUGAAACUAUUGGACCAAUUUAUUACGAAUAUGGUUCGUUGGUAAUUAUGUACAAUGACACUAAAAUUGCUGUAAACGCAAUGUAUCUUCUUAGAGGCGCAGAAUAUGAACACAAACAUCUGUUAGUUAUGCUAUUGCCGAACAUUGACCCAGUAAUGGUACCAGCAGAAACACAACCAUUAUUAGUAUUUGUAAAUGUCAAAUCAGGGGGUUGCCAAGGUUUGAGCUUGAUAUCUAGUUUCCGAAAGCUGCUUAAUCCUUAUCAAGUUUUCGAUUUGGGAAACGGCGGACCACUUCCUGGGUUGUAUGUGUUCAGACAUAUUAGAGAUUACAAAAUCUUAGUUUGUGGUGGUGAUGGUACUAUUGGCUGGGUGCUUCAGUGUUUGGAUAACGUAGGCCAAGACAGUGAAUGUUCAUCACCGCCAUGUGCUAUUGUUCCAUUAGGAACUGGCAAUGAUUUAGCUCGUGUACUUAAAUGGGGAGCCGGGUACAAUGGUUCGGACGAACCUAUACAUUUAUUAGAGGAUGUCAUUGAAGCAGAAAAAAUUAGAUUAGAUAGAUGGACAGUGGUUAUUCACCAUGAAGAUAGGGCGGAUGGUCGACCAAUACAUGUGCCUAAUUCAGUUGGAAUGAGUGAAGAUAACACUCAAAUUUUUGUUAUGAAUAAUUAUUUUGGCAUUGGUAUUGAUGCUGAUUUAUGCCUUGCCUUUCAUAAAGCUCGAGAAAAAAAUCCAGAAAGAUUUAAUAGCCGAAUCGGUAACAAGAUUGAAUACUUAAACGUUGGAUUACGUAAAAUAAUCCAUCCACCUUGUAAAAAUCUUCAACACGGAGUUCGCCUGGAAGUAGAUGGAAAAUUAGUAGUGCUUCCUCAACUCGAAGGACUUAUUAUUUUAAAUAUUUUGAGUUGGGGGUCAGGAGCUAAACCAUGGGGACGAAAUUGCAAUGAAGAACAAUUUUCUACUCCAAAUCACUGGGAUGGAAUGCUAGAGGUUGUAGCUGUGUCUGGAGUAGUUCAUUUAGGACAAAUCCAAACAGGGCUUAGAUAUGCUAAACGAAUUUCUCAGGGCGGACACGUUAAAAUUCAUUUAACUAAUGAAGUUCCCGUACAAAUUGAUGGUGAACCUUGGGUCCAAGGACCUGGUGAAUUAGUAAUUCUUAAAUCUGCUUUAAAAGCGACCAUGCUUAAGAAAGUAAAACGUACAGAACGGAAACAAACCUCUCGGACUCGAGCUGUUAGAUACAUGGCUAAUCUACAAGCAGUUGCAUCUGUUAAUGGCAGUGAGAACGAAUGAAUCUAAAAAUUCUUAAUUCCUUUCAGUAACCUAUCCCUCGACAGCAACAAAUUGUCAAACUGGUUAUCGAAUAUUAUAUCUGUGUUAUUCAUGCAUUUGAUCAUUUUUAUAGGUAACUAAAAUUAAAAAAACAAAAUAAUUACUAUAGAAACAAAACAUAGCAUAGGAGCUCCAGUGCUCUAUUUUAAGACGAUUCCUGGAUAUUGCUUACCGACUGUCAUUUUAGUAUUAAUUAUACUUCCCUCAAGAUCCUAUUUUUGAAAGUAUACAAAAAUUAUUUGUUUACGAAUUCUGUACACAUUUAAAUGGCGUUCGUAUACGAGAAUGUUAUGCAUAUGCUUUCAAAAAUAGUGACACUGUACUUAAAUCAAAGUACCAACCUAAUUUAAUAACUACAUAGAUCUGAGGAAAUAAAAUUAAUUAUAUGCACAAAGCAAAUAAUGCUCUUUUAGAAUUUUAAUUGUUGCUUAAAAUAUUUAUUAUUUUUAUUAUUAUUAAAUAGGUAAUUGAUUAAAAUAAAAUUAUUUAGAACCAACAUUAUUGGUGGCAUAAUCAUUUGUGGGCUCAAUUCGUUGUGGCGACUUCCGAGUGGUCAUAAUGGAUCUCAAACGAUUACGUCAUUGAUUUAAAUCGUUCGUUGGUUAAGUUUUUGGUUUAAGUUUGUAUAUUAAGAAUAAUAAACAAUUUUUGCUUUUUUAAACUACUAUUGUUCGCAAUUAAUUAACUAUAGGAUUAUAGUAAUUUUAUUUUUAUCGAUUUUCAUCGAGUUAUAUUGUAAUAUUUUAAUUAAUGUAAAAAUAAAAAAAUCCCCUGUAAA